AUGUCAGACGAUUGGGACUCAGUUACUAUUAUUGGUUCAAAAGCCAGAGUUGGUGGUGGUGGUCCAAGGGAACACGUUGCAAAAACACAAUCACAAUUAAACGCUGCUAGAAGACUGGGUUUAGUUGUUGGUACUGAAAAGAAAUACGGAUCCGCAAAUACUAAAAGCAACCCUGAAGGGCAAAGAUUAACCAAACUAGAUGCCACCGAUGAUGUUGUUGCUGUGAAGAAAGUUGACACUAAUGUUGGUAAGGCUAUUCAAAGAGCCAGACAAGAGAAGAAGUUCACACAAAAGGAUUUAGCUACCAAGGUGAAUGAAAAACCAAAUGUCAUUAACGAUUAUGAAGCUGGAAGAGCUAUUCCAAAUCAACAAGUUUUAGGUAAACUAGAAAGAGCGUUGGGUGUCAAGUUAAGAGGUAAGAACAUUGGUGAGCCUUUGUUCGCAAAGAAAUCGUAG